UUAUAAACUUCUCAAACUUCCUGCUUCUCAGACGCGGAUAGUCUGAACUUUUCCUCCGGUCAUGAGGCGACGAGUGUAAACACACGAAACCGCGGACCAGCUCUUCACUUCAUGGCCCAGACGCCGAGACCAUCGCAGGCCAGCUUUCGGACUCUAUGAGUCGACCGAAAAACGCCGAUAUACACAUUUAUUGAUCCAGUACGUGCGACUUUAACGUGUAACCGCCGCCGAGUGCAACCCGGCUAAACCGCUGAACCCCGAAACAUGGAGGACCCGGAGAGACGUCAGCGGAAAAUGUCAACAGCAGGAGACGGUCUGUACAAAGUCCUGGGCCUGGAGAAGGGCGCCUCUCCAGAGGAAAUAAAAAGGGCCUACAGGAAAUUGGCGCUGAAGUAUCAUCCCGAUAAGAACCCAGACAACCCAGAAGCUGCUGAGAAAUUCAAGGAGAUCAACAACGCCAACUCCAUUCUCAGCGACGAGAACAAACGGAAGAUCUAUGACGAGUAUGGAUCCAUGGGGCUCUAUGUGGCGGAGCAGUUCGGCGACGAGAGCGUUAAAUACCACUUCCUCAUGACCAAAUGUUGGUUCAAGGCACUCGUGGUGUGCUGCAGUUUUUUCACCUGCUGCUGCUGUUUCUGCUGCUGCUGUUUCUGCUGCGGGAAGUGCAGAUCGCCCGAAGACGGGGAGAAUUUCGCCUACAUGGACCCCGAGGACCUGGAGGCAGAGAUCAGAGAGCAGGAUGCAGGAGAUCAUGUAAUCAUUGUUCAGCCGAGUCCUAGUGCUGCCGAUGGCAUAUCAGGUGAGAACGCGCCGAUUGUGUCUCAGCCUUAUGCGACUGACGGCACCGCGGGGCCCGGAGCCACCCAGCCGGCAGAGUCAGCAACGCCAUAAAAGCAGGUCACGGCUGUACUGAUCAUUUUCAAAGAGUCUGAUGACGAAUAUAAAUACGGUGUCUGUGUUCGUGGGUUUGCAUGUGUUCGCUUUUCUUCAGACACUGUGGCCGACUCGCAGAAAACGCAUUCAUCUCAGAGGCUUAUUUGUUUACAUGAAUCGGGCAGCGAUUUGAUUGUGCUAUAGUUUUGUUUCUUUUUUUUUUUUUUUUUAAUGGCAACAGGUUUGUGCUUGAUCCAGUCUGAUAUUUAUAUUUUUUAACGGUUUAUUUUUGGAUAUUGGGCUGUACCUGUGCUGCAGUAACAAAUGACGAAGCCAUGUAGAUCAAAGCUCUGGAAUAAUUGUUUUUCAUGUGCACUUUAAGUUCGUAUUUAAAAUCCUGAAGCUGCCACAAUGCUCUGUGAACAUUUUGGUUCAACAUGGUUCAUGGGC